AUGGGAUAUGCCUUCUUUUGCAGAGCAAAACCACUUACGUGGCACAGAAGAUAUUUCACACUCAUCAACCAGUUCACCAUUACCAGUAACCUCCCGUCGCCUAUUCAGAAUAGCACCAAACCGAUAGCAAAUACAACUGCUGUCACAUCUAAGAUCGAACCUAUAUCAUUGGAAGAUAAGGUGAUCGAUGAAUUCCUGGAUGAG